CAGUAACUGCAAGUGAGACAGGUGGACAGAAUAUCCAGUUGUUUGUGGACGCAUACAAAUUUGCAAAUUGGUGUUCGUCGACGCUGAGGAAUUUGCUCAACAGCAACAGCAACAGCAAUGCACAACGCCAACGAGUGUGCUGCACGCUGCUCAAGCGCUCAGACGAGGCUGAGAAGGGCACCAACAUCCGGAGUAUGCGAAGAGGUCAGCUCAACGCUCGCUCCCUCUCGUCAGCUCGAACGUUGCUGGUGCAGUUACAAAAUCUGCCAGAGCAGCACCUUGCUCCUGUUGUAGAUUUUCUUUUCUUAAUCUACAAUGAACCACAACAGAGUACUAGUAUACUUUUAAGCUUGUUUUAAGCUUGCUCUGGUUUAAGAAAGUCAAGGGCAGGCGCCGUGCGAAAUAGCAGCGAUGUUCACCGUUCUCGGUGGUCGCAAGGCCAGGAACACCUUCAAAGACCCGAUUCAUGUACAUGUACUUACUUAGCUGUGACAGCUAGCAUUCGUCUACAAGUCGGUAUGCGCUGCCUAGUGCUACUACUGUAGUAGCUAUAUGGUGCA